ACAUUGUUGGUUUUUGUUUUAGUGUCUACUAUGUUAAGAAUAAGUGCAUGUAACGCUGUUGCACCGGCGUUAUAUAUUAUGGGGUCUUCUUUGGUUGAUGUCGGAAAUAAUAACUACUUGCCACUUUCGACAGCCAGGGCUAAUUUUCGUCACAACGGCGUUGAUUAUCCUAAUGGACCAACCGGAAGAUUUGGUAAUGGCGAAAUUGCUUCCGACUUUAUUGCGAAAAAGAUGGGACUACCAACAUCGUCACCAUAUUUAUCAUUGACCGGAGGUGCGAUGCCGCCAAUCACCGGAGUUAACUUUGCCUCUGGUGGCUCUGGCAUACUUAAUGAAACCGGCCAACGUUAUGUACAAGUUAUUUCAUUGGCACAACAAAUAGAAUACUUCUCUUUGGUCCGUGACAAACUGGUCCAACAACUAGGACCAUCUGAUGCACAAGUUCACCUAUCCAAAUCGAUAUUCAUGAUCGUGAUCGGAAACAACGAGCUGAUUAACUAUUACACAGCCGGGUCACAAAUCCCCUUAAGAUACUCACCACAACAAUAUAUCAAUCUUAUGUUGUCCACCUUCAAAGGCUUACUAAAGAAUUUGCAUGGAUUGGGUGCGAGGAAAAUUUUGGUGUCUGGAGUUGCGACGGUAGGUUGUUACCCAGCACAACGAAGGACAAACGUAAAUGGUAAAUGCAAUGACGAAGCAAACUUCUGGUCGAACAAGUACAACGAUGGUUUGAAGGUUAUGCUAAAAGAAUUGAAGUCAGAAUCCUUAGGCUUGAACUAUGCUUAUUUUGAGUUAUAUGGUGCCUUCAUCAGCCUUUUCCAGACACCUAAUGCUUAUGGUUUUACGGAUACAAAAGCAGCUUGUUGCGGACUAGGAUACUUAAACGCUGAUGCGCCAUGUAUUCCGACAUCAAGUUACUGCUCAAAUAGAAGAAACUAUAUUUUUUGGGAUUUCUUACAUCCUACAGAAGCAGUAGCAAGCAUGUUUUCAGACCUUAUGUACAAUGGAACACCACCAUAUAUGGUUCCAAUCAAUCUAAAGCAACUUAUUGAUGUUGAAGGUUAAUUAACUAAGGGAUGUUACGUCCCAAUAAAUAC